AUGGCAAGUGCAGUGAUUGUGACUCCAGACUCCUUCCAUGAUAAAACCAGCCGCGGUUAUUUGGUGACCUGGAUCAACAACCUGCUGAAGACAAACUUCAAAGAUGUGCGGGAGAUGAGUUCAGGUGCAUGUCACUGUCAGAUCAUGGACUGGGUUAUUCCUGGCUCUGUUGACAUGACCAAAGUGAAGCUUGAUGCAAAAGGCCAGGAUGACUGUAAGCACAACUUCAGUCUCCUACAUGAGGCCUUCAGCAAGAGCGGCAUCACAAAGGCUAUUCCAGUUGAGGAGCUCAUAAAAGGGAAUUCCAAAGCAAACUUUGAGGUCCUGAAGUGGUUCAAAGGUUUCUACAUGACAAAUGUGAGAAAUGAAGGAUACGACCCUGUGAAAGCUCGGCACAGUCAGGAUAUCAGCCCUAUUGUGUUCACUCCCAAACUGAAAAAAGGUAACUUAACAUACGUAUCUAAACUAGAUGCAAACACGGAGGAGAUGAGCACUGUGACGACUAAAGGAUUCCCUUUCACUGAAAAGUGGAAGGUUAUGUUUGACUGGGUUGACCGUAGUGCUCGUGGAGAGGAAUAUGCCCUCUGCCGCGCUUGCGACAGAAACCUGAAGACAUCUCCGAGAGGCCUUCGAGAUCUCAUUCGGCACAUGGAAACAGUCAAACACAAGAAAAACAGUGUUGGCUUGAAAAGCAAUCGCUCUGAACCGCUGCCCUGUAGCGACGCAGCUGUUCGGUUCAUUCACAAGCACUGCUACACUGGCCCUGCUGGAGGUGAACAUGUUUCUAGAAAAUUUGCACGCUGUAAACUGGGGUUGCAGUAUCCCAAUAACAUAACAUCUGUUUGCCGUCACACUCCGUACUGUGUGUACAUUUAUGGAGGGUGUACAUUGGGAAAAGAUGACAUUGUCUCUGUGGUCCUGGUUGGGUUUUUUGAUGUCGAAACCUCCAGGCACUGCAUCCGAUUUCUGGAUGCUCUUCAGUCAGAGGAUGGUGCAGAAGAUCAAACAGCAGCAGCAGCAGCAGCAGCAGCAGUGGUAGAGAUCUUGAAGAAAUCCAGUUUACAAACAGAUAAUCUUGCCGCUGUUUAUUCUGAUGGUAAUGGUGCAACAUCAGAGCAGAUCUGCUCGCAGCUCAGGGAACUGAACCCGAACCUAGUAGCAUUAGGAGGGCUGUAUGCCCUCGCUGAUGCUGCUUGCCAUGCUGGGAUAAAAAAGCUCUCCAAUCAGCCUCAGGAGUUGAUGGUAGAUAUCCAUGCUCACUACUCCUCCUGCGCUACCAAGAAUGGCAACCUCAAGGCUCUUUUUGGCUCAGAUCUCAGUGCGGAUAGCCCAUCAUUUCUUCCCAACACCAGCUGCCUUAAAUUCUGCCUCUUUGUCACAAAAAUCUUGGAAGUAUGGACAGAUCUCAUAACUUACUUCAAGUCUUGCAACACAGACAAUAAAAAAGCCAAGUUGAUCUGCUCCCAGCUGCAGGAUCCCAAAGUCAGGGCAACGUUUAUGUUCCUGGAGCAGGCCUUAAAGCCUCUGCACAGUUUCCAAAGGCAUCGGGAGACACAAGAGGGAGCUACCCGAGGUGAUAUGCUGCUCGUCCUAGAAGAGGCCAGUAGGCUGCUGCUCACCUACACCUCCUACUUCCUUCAACCUGAAGCUGCUGCUCACUUCAUCAAAGAACGCGAUGUCCAAAUCCUUAAGGACAAGAAAUGCCGCCUGUCGAGGUCUGAACUCAGUCUGGGUGGGAAAGCUGUGGAGGACUUCCUGAAUGAGUCUGAGGCUACAGACGCACUGCCACUAUUAAAAAAAGAGAUGUUGUCUUUCUACAUCGCACUCACAGGUUGCAUUGCAAAGAAACUUCCUCUAAGCGAUGAGAUGCUAAGUAGCAUAGCUCAGCUGCUGAACCCCAAGAGCAGAGUGAAGGUGACUGGAAAAGUGGUAGAGCAGCUUGGGACCAAGCUGGAAAUCUGCAGCUCACCAGAGGAGAUCAACCAGCUCAAAAGUGAAUUCCUUAAGUAUCAGCAAGCUCAGGAGGAAGAGAAAGACAACUCAGAAGUGGUUUCUGCGGAGAAACACUGGGCCAGCGUACUGAAGGACAUGAAUCCGACAUCAAUCUUCAGAAAGCUCGUUCUGACCCUGUUGUCUCUUCCCUGUCCUCCACUUGAGGCUCAGCAGGUUUUUACUCAGGCCCUGGAGAAUGAAGAUGCUGCAAUGUUUUCUGAGAGUGAGGCGGUAACAGAAAGCGAGUGUGACCUCACGUCUGACAGCGUUCUCUCUGAAGACACCAGCAACAAAGACUCCAAAGUUUACACUGAAGACCUGAAUGGCUUUAAUGGGACAGUGAAGCAGUGUGAAGUUCGCCUCACAAAGAUAAAUCGUAAGUAAAGGAAAACCCACGAAAAUGCCGGUACACCUGGAAUGAAUGGCGUCCUGUGGAAAGAGAUGGCUAUUAGGGGAGGUUAUGGCUGGGAGAGCAGCUUGCGCCAGAAGCCCAAGACCCGUACAGUGUUUCAGGCUGGUGCUAGCACCUGGUCCACCCCCGAAGGUGUUGAUAAGGACAGCAAAAAGGGCCUGGAGUCCCAAGAUGAGGUGGCAAAAGAAACAUCAUCCCCCAUUAAACUCACACCAAGAGGGCGACGGAAACAGGCCUACCAGGAUGGGAAAGGGUUUCUGGUAGGGGAACUGUUGUGGGGGAAAGUGAAAGGCUUUUCCUGGUGGCCUGGGAUGGUGAUGCCUUGGAAAACCAAGUCAGCCCCCCCGGGUAUGCGAAGGGUGGAGUGGUUUGGAGACGGGAUGUUCUCAGAGAUCUAUACGGAGAGUCUGUUGACAUUUAGGAACUUCACUAAGUGCUUCUGCAAAGAUUCCUUUUCCAGCUUGCCCGUUUACAAGGAAGCCAUCUACCAGAUCAAUGAGUUGGCAGGUGAGCGAUGCGGGAAGUCUUUUGCUGAGGGGGAAGGAAAUAGAGAAAAAGAGCUGAAGCUGAUGCUGGACUGGGCUUUUGAAGGAUUUCUGCCUUCCGGACCUGAAGGAUUUGCACCAACUGAUGCUGCUGCACAUCAAGACUCUUCUGACUCUGCAGUGUCUGACUACCAGCCACCAGCAAAAAGGAAAUAUGUUUUUAAAAAUAAGGCAAACACACCUGUCAUCACUUAUAACAGAGAAUCAAUAAGAGAAGCGAUGAAAGAAAAAGGCAAACAUAUUGAAGAUUUCUGUUUGUCUUGUGGAUCAUCUGAGAUUGAAGUGAAGCACCCGUUGUUUGAAGGUGGUCUCUGUGUGAAAUGCAAGGGGAACUUCACAGAGACUCUGUUUCGCUACGAUGAGGACGGCUACCAGUCGUAUUGCACCGUGUGCUGCGCCGGCUUAGAGGUCAUUCUGUGUGGCAACGCCAGCUGCUGCAGAUGUUUCUGUAAGGACUGUCUGGAAAUCCUGGUUGGCCCGGGAACCUUUGACAAACUUAAAGAUGUUGAUCCAUGGAGCUGCUACAUGUGCAAGCCGUCACUGUGCGAAGGAAACCUCAAACUCAGACCAGACUGGAGCGUGAAGGUUCAGGACUUCUUUGCCAACAACAGCGCCAUGGCGUUUGAGCCUCACAGAGUUUACCCCUCCAUCCCUGCUGACCAGCGUCGACCAAUCAAGGUGCUGUCUCUUUUUGACGGCGUUGCAACAGGAUACCUGGUGCUCAAAGACCUGGGCUUCAAGAUUGAGCGCUACAUUGCUUCAGAGAUUUGUGACGAUUCGAUCGCCGUGGGGAUGAUCAAGCACGAGGGAAAGAUCGAAUAUGUCAACGAUGUUCGCACCAUCACAAGGAAACACUUGGCUGAAUGGGGUCCAUUUGAUCUUCUGAUUGGAGGCAGUCCGUGUAACGACCUGUCCAUGGUCAACCCUCUCCGAAAAGGAUUAUUUGAGGGCACUGGAAGGCUCUUUUUUGAGUUCUACCGCCUUUUGACCUUGUUGAAGCCGAAGGAGGGCGACGACCGUCCGUUCUUCUGGCUGUUUGAGAACGUGGUUUUCAUGAGUGCCCACGAUAAAACAGAUAUCUGCAGAUUCCUUGAGUGUAAUCCAGUUUUGAUCGAUGCAGUGAAAGUUAGUCCUGCUCACAGAGCACGCUACUUUUGGGGAAACCUCCCUGGCAUGAACAGACCUCUCGCUACGUCUCUUGAUGACAAAGUCGGCCUCCAGGAUUGUUUGGAAUCCGGACGCACGGCAAUGUUCGAAAAAGUCCGCACCAUCACAACAAAAUCCAACUCUAUAAGGCAGGGAAAGAUGGGUCCACUUCCUGUCACCAUGAACGGCAAAGAGGACUACCUGUGGUGCACCGAAAUGGAACAGAUCUUUGGCUUCCCUAAACACUACACAGACGUGAACAACAUGGGCCGUGCGCAAAGGCAGAAGGUCCUGGGUCGCUCCUGGAGCGUCCCUGUUAUUCGUCACCUCUUCGCCCCGCUGAAGGAUUAUUUUGAAUGUGAAUAACGACUGAGAACAGAACCGCAGCGGUAAACCUACUGCCUUAUUUCUUUCCUGCAUUACUAGCCAGCUCAAACUCUCCAGUCUUUUUAAGAAAGACUCAAUUUAGAAUUUACUAUUUUGACUUGUAGUGUGUACUCAUGAGCUUCUUUUAAUCCUGUGGGUUGUCAGUCAUCCAUGAUCCACUAUCACCAGCAGGUGAUAGUGGAUCAUAAAUAAAUGAUGGUGCUGUGAUCAAAACAAUAAUAUUACUCAGAACAUCGGCCUGAAUCACAAAGCGAGAUCAGACAGUCAACCAGCUAUCUUUGGGCUUAGUUCAGGUUUUCCAGUAUCACAAAGCUGGUUCUUCUUUUUUCGGGGUAGAUCACCAUGGUAACCUGCCAACUGCUCCAUUACUGACCAAUCAGCUCAGGGGAAAGAAUGAUUCAAUCCUACAGGAUCCUGACAUGAACGACUAUUUCACCAAGCUGAAAUAGACAUUUUAUAGAUCACUAGAAUCACUUUGCCUACCAUGACAGUUCCAAUUGAUAAUUAUGAUUAAUCUCUGCUUUGGCAGCAGGAAAAG